UCAGUACUGUGUAAGCUGCAUCAAUGGAGCACAUACAGGGGGCCUGGAAGACGAUCAGCAAUGGUUUCGGAUUUAAAGACACAGUGUUUGAUGGCCCCAGCUGCAUUUCUCCUACAAUAGUGCAGCAGUUUGGUUAUCAGCGUCGGGCAUCAGAUGAUGGCAAACUUACGGAUUCUUCUAAGACAAGCAAUACUAUCCGUGUUUUCUUGCCGAACAAGCAAAGGACAGUGGUCAAUGUGCGCAAUGGGAUGAGCUUGCAUGACUGUCUGAUGAAGGCACUGAAGGUGAGGGGCCUGCAGCCCGAGUGCUGCGCCGUCUUCCGGCUUCUCCAUGAGCACAAAGGUAAAAAAGCACGUUUGGAUUGGAAUACAGAUGCAGCUUCAUUAAUUGGAGAGGAGCUUCAAGUAGAUUUUCUGGACCACGUUCCCCUCACAACACACAACUUUGUACGGAAGACCUUCCUGAAGCUUGCCUUCUGCGACAUCUGUCAGAAGUUUCUGCUAAAUGGAUUUCGGUGUCAGACUUGUGGCUACAAGUUUCACGAGCACUGUAGCACCAAAGUCCCUACCAUGUGUGUGGACUGGAGUAACAUCAGGCAGCUCUUAUUAUUUCCCAAUUCCACUGUUGGCGAUCCUGGCGUCCCAGCACUUCCUUCUCUGACGAUGCGUCGAAUGCGAGAAUCUGUUUCUAGGAUGCCUGCUAGUUCCCAGCACCGGUACUCCACACCCCACGCCUUCACGUUCAACACGGCCAGCCCCUCUUCCGAAGGCUCCCUCUCUCAAAGGCAGAGGUCAACUUCCACGCCAAAUGUCCACAUGGUCAGCACUACUUUGCCUGUGGACUGCAGGCUGAUCGAGAAUAACAGCCUGGAUGCUUCUCCCAGGGCGUGGUCCAGACGAUUUUGUUUGAGGGGAAGAGAUGCAAUCCGGAGUCACAGUGAAUCAGCCUCGCCUUCAGCCUUGUCCAGCAGUCCCAACAACCUCAGCCCCACAGGCUGGUCGCAGCCCAAAGCGCCGGUGCCAGCGCAGAGAGAGCGGGCGCCAGGACCCGGGAGUCAGGAGAAGAACAAGAUCAGGCCUCGUGGUCAGAGAGACUCAAGCUAUUAUUGGGAAAUAGAAGCCAGUGAAGUGAUGCUGUCGACUCGGAUUGGAUCAGGCUCCUUCGGAACGGUUUAUAAGGGCAAAUGGCACGGAGACGUUGCAGUGAAGAUCCUGAAGGUGGUCGACCCCACGCCAGAGCAGUUCCAGGCCUUCAGGAAUGAGGUGGCCGUGCUUCGCAAAACGCGGCACGUGAACAUCCUGCUCUUCAUGGGCUACAUGACCAAGGACAACCUGGCGAUCGUGACACAGUGGUGCGAGGGCAGCAGCCUCUACAAACACUUGCACGUCCAGGAGACCAAGUUCCAGAUGUUCCAGCUGAUCGACAUCGCCCGGCAGACAGCCCAGGGCAUGGACUAUUUGCAUGCAAAGAACAUCAUCCACAGAGACAUGAAAUCCAACAACAUAUUUCUCCACGAAGGCCUGACGGUGAAAAUCGGAGAUUUCGGCCUGGCAACGGUCAAGUCCCGCUGGAGUGGCUCCCAGCAGGUUGAACAACCCACUGGCUCUGUCCUGUGGAUGGCUCCAGAGGUGAUACGGAUGCAGGACAACAAUCCCUUCAGCUUUCAGUCCGAUGUCUAUUCUUACGGCAUUGUCCUGUACGAGCUCAUGACGGGGGAGCUGCCCUACUCACACAUCAACAACCGUGACCAGAUCAUCUUCAUGGUGGGUCGAGGUUACGCCUCCCCCGAUCUUAGUAAGCUCUACAAGAACUGCCCCAAAGCCAUGAAGAGACUUGUGGCCGACUGUGUGAAGAAGGUGAAGGAGGAGAGGCCGCUCUUCCCCCAGAUCCUGUCCUCCAUCGAGCUGCUCCAGCACUCUCUGCCCAAAAUCAACCGGAGCGCCUCCGAGCCAUCCCUGCACCGGGCGGCCCAUACUGAGGAUAUCAAUGCCUGCACGCUGACCACAUCCCCGAGACUGCCCAUCUUCUAGCUGACUGCACCCCUGCACUCAGCCACGGGGAGAUAGGGCUCAGCAGGCGCCACUCGCUGCUGCUAAGGACCUCCUGACAACUCACAGGGCCUUAACUUCACGAUGCCUUUUUCUUCUCCCCGUCUGGCCCUGGGAGAAGGAAGCCAUUCACCAUGCUGCUUCGGCCUGCUCCUCCCUGUGCUCCUGAGCUAUGAGCCUUCUCCCGGGGCACCAGUGGCUGCUGAAGGCAAGAUAUGAUCUAGGCCCCAGCUGUUGGCAAAUGUGUGUUUUGGAGGAGGGGGUGCAGGGAGGGAAGCACUUGGAGGGACAGUGGAGGGACGUGGACAGGUGACCCAGACAUGAGGAUUUUGGCAAUCUGCUCCUUGGAGGGACACUUGUCCCAGGACUUCACUGCAGACAGCGGUUGGUGCCAGACAGGGGUUUUGCACAGAACGCACCAAACAGCCCAGGACUGUCCACACUGGCUGCCUGCUGGGCCCUGCUUUGGUACUAUGGAACUUGACUUUAGGGGGCAUUUCUAUCACCAGGAGGUGUCCUGCCACUCCCCCUCAUCCCACCCUGCCCUCAGGGAGAGGCUGUCUCUCUGCUGAAUUUGGGCUUCCAGAAACUGCCCCUGAUGGGGCCAGUUAUGUUUGUGCAAGGAAGCCAAGAGGACAGGUUUCCCAGAUAAAUUGGAUUUUAAUUGUUUUUAUUGCGCCUGACAAAAUACAGUUAUUCAAUGGUUCCUCGAUUAUGUUAUUUUAAUAAAAUAAAUUAAAUGUAGGUUAA